AUGAAAUUAGGAAACUUGAUAAGUAAUAACACAUUAAAAAAAAAUUUAUUAAUAAAUUAUAAAAAUGAUGUAUCUACAAAAUAUUUUAUGUGUAGUUUAAAUGCUUAUACAUUUGAGAUUAACUAUUUAAACAAAGUUAGUUUUAAUAAAUAUGAAAAGAGAUUUAUAAGAGUUGGGAAAUAUGCUGAUCUAAUAAAUUAUAAAAGCAGUUUAAAGAAUAAAAACGAAAACACUAAAAAUGAAAAAAACAAAAGUAAUGAAAAACAAACAAGUAUUUUUGAAAUAUUAAAUAAUAAUGAACUAGAAAUAUCUCAACCAAAGAAAUAUAAAAAAAAAAUAGAAAAUAAUGACGAUAAAAAAAAAGGGAAUGAAGAUGAAAUAAAUUUAAAUUAUAGUUUAUGUGAAAACAGAAAAAUGGAAACUAGCAAAAAAAAAAUAAAUACUAUUAAUAAAUCAUUAAAAAACCAAAAGGAUAGUCUUAAAAAGAGAUAUAAAAAACAAAUAAUUAAUAAAAUAAUGAAUAAUAAUAACAUAAUAAAUAUAGAGCAAAUAACUAAAGAUAAAGAGAAAAAAAAUAUGAAUGAAAAUAUAACUGAAUAUAAUGAAAAAAAAAUUAAUAAUUUUAAUAACAAAUAUGUUACAAAAAGAAAACUUUUAAAAAAGCAGAUUUCAUUGAAUAGUUACGCAAUUACAAAUAGUUAUGUAAAUAAAAAAUAUUAUAUAAGCAUAAAAAAAAAUUUGAAGGAAAAUGAUUUUAACAUAUCUGAAAUAAAGUCUAUGCAACUUUUAGAUGAAGUUAAAAAAAUAAAUGAAAGGAAAGAUGAAAAAAAAGAAAUGAAAAAUGAAAUAAAAGAAUUUCAGAUAGAUUCUGUUAGUUAUGAAAAUAAAAAUAAAAUUAUUAAAAAGAUAUAUAAAGCAUCAAUUAAUCAUGUAAGAGAUGAAAAUUUAUGGAAAAAAUAUGUUCAGAAUACUUUUAUAGUAUCUGUUUAUUUAGAUGCAAGUGAUAUAGUUAUCCUGUUUUGGUGUUUUAGCAAGAUUGGAUAUAGGGAUAAUAGGCUAAUAAAUUUACUUUGUUCUAUUAUAUUAAAAAAAAUAAAUGAAUUAAGUGCUUGCGCAUUAUCAUUAUUAUUAAAUAGCUUUAAAAAAUUAGAGAUAAAGAAGUAUGAUACUAUAGAAUUAUUAACAAAUCAAUUUUGCUUUCAUACAGUUAAAUGGACGUUUCAAGACAUAGCAUUAGUUUCUAAUGCUUUAGCAUUUUUUUAUAUUUAUCAUAAAACAUUUUGGAAAAAAUGCAUAUUAAAAUUGCAACAUAAUUAUUAUUUUUCACAUCCUCUUCAUUUAUGCCUUGUUAUAUCUUCUUUUGCUAGAUUAGAUAUUAGAGAAGGUAACAUAUUGUUGUGCAUGAGCAAAUCAGCAAAAAAGUUGGCAAAAGAGUUUUCUCCAAAUAAUUUAUCUUUAGUAAUUCAUUCUUUUGCAAAAUUAAAGUUUCAUCAUCCGAAAUUUUAUAAUUAUAUGUAUCAGUAUGUUCAUAAGCACUUAGAUAAACAAUUACUAAUAAAUGGAUAUAAUGCAAAAAGUUCAUCAAUCCAUUUUUCUAAGACAUCAGAGGAAGAAGUAAAAGAAAAAGAUAAAGAUAUAUCUUUUGAAAACAAUAGAAAUUUUAAUAAUCUAAACAUAAAUAUUACCUCAGGAAUAAAUAAAAACAUAAAUGAUAAAUUAAAACCUAGUGAACGAUCAAGUAAUAAUAAUUUAAUCAAUCAGAAUAUGUAUAAUAGUUGUGUAAAUGAUCAAAAUAAAAAUAAAGAUAGAAUAUUUAAAGAAAAAGAUAUUAUCAUUCAUAGUGAGACUCAAAAGAAAAAUGGAAAUUAUGAUAAAGUAGAUGAAGAAAACAUAAAUAAUGCUUCGAAUGGUAACUUAGAAAAAUUAGUUAAAAAGGAUUCUCUUUUUGAUUUACAAUCCUUAGUGUUAUUACUUUUUUCCUGUGUCUGUUUAAUUAACUGUACUCAACAGAUGAUAUUAAAAUUGACCUAUUUAAUAAUUCCACAUAAAGAUUACUUAGGGGAUCACAAAGUAGACAAAUUAAAAUAUGUUAGUGAUUAUUUACAAUAUGUUUUCCCUUCAACGUUUGAAAAAUUUCCAAAAGAAAUAAAAGAUUUUUAUAAAUUUAUUGACAAUUAUGAAAUCAAAAGAAAAAAAUUAAAAUAUUGUCCAAGAUGGAUUAAUGAAUUAUCAAGAAUUUUAAUGAAAAUUAAUGUAGAUCAUUUGAAAAAUAUUUACAUUAACAAUAUAUGUGCAGAUAUAAUGUUAACAGAUUCAAAUGUUAUAAUUAAGUGCCUUGGUCCUUAUAGCUAUUAUGUAAAUUCAUUAGUUAGUACAUCAAUAUCGGAUUUGAAAAUAAAGAUCUUAGAAAAGAAGAAAUAUAAAGUUAUUACAUUAAGUUAUCAUGAUUGGAAUAAUUUAAAUGAUUAUGAAGAAAAAAUUAAUUUUCUGUAUGCCUUUGGUCGAAAUGCUGCCAACUUUUUUUUUCUUAAUUCUAAAAAAGAAGGCUUACAUAUUAACGAAAAAGAUAAUAUUAAUACAACAGAUAAUAUUUUAUUAAAAGAAAAAAAUGAAAAUGAACUAAAGGACAAAAAAGAAAACUCCAUUGAGCAUAAAAAUUCCGUUGAUGAUUCAUUAGAAGAUACUGAAAUUGAAAAUUAUUUUUCUGAUGAAGAAAGUGAAAUAAUUAAUUUUAUAAAAAAUGUAAAAAGUGCAAAUGAAGAAAAUACAAAUAUAGAUGAGGAAAUAACAAAUAUUAAAAAUUUCUUGACAGACGCAAACAAAUAA